AUGAGUGGUGAAAAGCGAAAAUUCAGAAUAUAUUCCAACAUUGUUGCUACUGAAGAGUAUGCAUGGGCUCCAUCAUCAGGAGUACUUAGUGGCACUGAUGUCGAUCCCGACACAAGCAACGUCAACAUUGAUGGUGUUGAUUUGAAAGAAGGAUGCGGUGAUUCGAAGGAGGAUGAGAUUCCAAAUUUGGAUAAUGACAUGUCUCGAAUGGUUGGCGGGGUGAAUAUGUUGAGCAACAGUAACAUAAGGAGUAGUGGCAAAAGAAAAGAAAGAGAACCUUCUAAGCAAGGCUAUAGUAUUCCUGAGGUGAUGGUCGAGUUCCACUCAAUUUCUAGAGUUUCAAUUGAUGAUGAUUUUCAUGACUUUGCUAUGGAGUAUCUGAGUUUUAGAAGGAAAAGAGAAAUGUGGUCUAGUAUGGGUGGUCUUGAAAAGAAGUUGAAAUGGUUGAAGUGA